AUGUAUGAACAUAGGCUGAUACAUAGCAACUACUACUCACCGCAGCGUGCAGUAGUUUCAAUCGGCCCCGUCGCCUACCUGCGGCCCUACGGCCCCGUCGCCUACCUGCGGCCCUACGGCCCCGUCGCCUACCUGCGGCCCUACGGCCCCGUCGCCUACCUGCGGCUCUACGGCCGCGUCGCCUACCUGCGGCCCUACGGCCCCGUCGCCUACCUGCGGCCCUACGGCCCCGUCGCCUACCUGCGGCCCUACGGCCCCGUCGCUUACCUGCGGCCCCGGCCCCGUCGCCUUCCUGCGGCCCCGGCCUCGUCGCCUACCUGCGGCCUCGGCCCCGUCCCCUACCUGCGGCCCUACGGCCCCGUCGCCUAA